CUGAAAAUGAGUUGCAGCAACAGUCUCGCCCAGGUGCAAAAGGUGGUGGAACAGCUUCGGAUAGAGGCAAGCAUGGAGAGGACAAAGAUUUCUUUCACUGCAAUAGACUUGGUCCAAUACUGCCUGGACCACAGGCGCAGUGACCCUUUAAUAACUGGCAUCGCCGCCUCUUCCAACCCAUUCAAAGAUAAGAAGUCCUGCGUGCUGCUAUGA